UCCUCUCUUGUACUCAAUUUCUCUCAUUAUUUAUCAACUAUUCACACACACAUUACAUUCAUUCAUCUCACAAAUUAUAACAAUGGACUUUCCAAACUCUAUGUUCCUCAUUGUCUUAACAUGUGUCACCAUCAUUGUUUUUCUUCGUUCAUUCUUUGCAAGGAUCACAAAACCAAACUAUAAGCUUCCACCAGGACCUUCCCCUCUUCCAAUCAUAGGGAACCUCCUUGAAUUAGGAGAAAAACCUCACAAAUCCUUAGCCAAUCUUACAAAGAUUCAUGGUUCUAUAAUAAGUCUCAAGUUUGGCCGAAUAACCACUGUCGUCGUCUCCUCAGCCAACAUGGCAAAGGAGGUGCUUCUGACCAAUGACCAGUUCUUGUCUAAUAGAACCAUUCCACAAUCUGUGUCGGUUCUCAACCACGAGCAUUAUAGUCUUGCUUUCAUACCAGUUGCACCUCUUUGGAAGGAAUUGAGAAAAAUAUGCAACACUCAAUUAUUUUCUCACAAGACUCUUGAUGCUAGUCAAGAUGUUAGACGCAAGAAAAUGCAACAGCUUCUCAAUGAUAUCAAUCAAAGCAGUCAAAUCGGUGAAGCAAUAGAUAUCGGAACAGCAGUUUUCAAGACCACCAUAAAUCUGUUGUCAAACACAAUUUUCUCUGUGGAUUUGAUUCAGUCUAAUGGUGAAGCAGGAGAGUUCAAGGACUUGGUGACUAAUAUUACAAAACUCGUUGGCUCGCCAAAUGUGGCAGAUUUUUUUCCUAUAUUGAAGAUGCUUGACCCACAAGGCGUAAAAAGAAAACAAGCAAAGAAUGUAAGGAAAGUGUUAGAUAUCUUUGAAGACUUGGUUAACCAACGUUUGAAGGUGAGGGAAGCCAACGGUGUAGACACCAACAAAGACAUGUUAGAUGCCAUGCUCAACAUUUCCAAAGAUAACGAGUUUAUGGACAAAAACAUGAUCCAACAUCUAUCACAUGAUCUAUUUGUUGCGGGAACAGAUACAACAGCAUCCACCCUCGAAUGGGCGAUGACAGAGCUUAUCCGCAACCCAGAAGCUAUGUUGAAGGCCAAAAAAGAGUUAGGGAAAAUGAUUGGUUGUAGUGUCCCACUUGAGGAGUCAGAUAUUUCAAAGCUCCCAUACUUACAGGCAAUAAUAAAAGAGACACUUCGAUUGCACCCGCCAGUGCCACUUUUACUACCACGGAAAGCUGAGAGGAAUGUUGACAUAGGUGGCUACACUAUCCCGAAGGAUGCACAGGUGAUGGUUAAUGUGUGGACUAUUGGGAGAGAUCCCACUAUUUGGUUGAAUCCAACUUUGUUCUCCCCAGAAAGGUUCUUGGGAUCAGACAUUGAUGUCAAAGGCCGGAAUUUUGAGCUUGUACCAUUUGGUGCUGGACGACGAAUAUGCCCUGGCUUACAAUUGGCUAAUAGGAUGCUGCUGUUAAUGUUGGGGUCGUUAGUCAACUCGUUUGAUUGGAAGCUUGAAGGUGACAUGAAACCAGAAGAUAUGGACAUGAAUGAUAAAUUCGGCAUUACCUUGCAAAAGGCACAACCCCUUCGAGUUGUUCCUGUCCGAAUAAGCAAAUAAAGUGUCAUUCUUUUGCAUGUCUAAUACAUUAGAUAGUCCUUUUUCUUUUUCCUCUCAAGAUUUAUUAAAUUGUUUAUCACUUAAUUUCCUUGUUUUCAAUGAGGUGUAAUAAUUGAGUCAAAAUAAUUGUAUUCAUGUGACAAAUGUUACCGCUAUAAACUUCUUCAUACAGUACAACAUUGUCGAUAAACAUAAAUAAAAGUUAUAUUCGUUAUCAGUAAA